AUGUCGAGCGCAGCAGAUACAGUAGAGACGACUACACCGACACAAGCGCCCUCGGCCAUUGCUGAUCAGCAGCCUGCAGUGCUGACAUACGAGGAAAAGCUGCAGCUAAACAACAACAAGCCUGUUGUAACUCUUGUCGUGGACACGAACCCGUUCAUCAAGGGCCUUCCCCUGGACCACAUUGCAAACAAGUUUGUGACAAUCCCCGAGGUCUUGGGCGAGCUGCGCAGCCGUGCCUCCAAGGACCGGUACCAGAGCCUUGAUAUGAAAUACGGCAUUGAUGUGAUCGAGCCUGAUGCCGAGAGCAUGAAUGCGGUGGUUGCGUUUGCCAGGAAGACGGGUGAUUAUGCGAGCCUGGCGAUGGCCGAUCUCAAGAUCAUUGCGCUUGGAUUUAUGCUGGAGAAGAAGGCAAACGGGAUGCGUAGGCUCAGGCUUGAGCCUGUGGGCAACCAGCCGAACAUUGCAGAUCGCAAGCUGAUGAAGAACGCGAUUGAGCAGCUGGAGCAGACAAUCGAGGAUCUGUCGGUUGAGCCCAAGGACGAGGAGACGGUUGGUAUUGCCGAGGAGGGCAUUGUGCUUACAAGCGCCGCUAAGGACGAGUUUGAAAAGGCGCCACGCAAGGAUGAUUUCUUCAACGGUGAAUGGAUCACGCCAAACAACGUCAAGCUGCACCAAGCUGCCAGCGCUAUGGGCAUGAAGAACGCCAUGUCGGACCGCCCCAAGGCCAUCCUGAAGGUGGCCUGCGUGACGUCUGACUUCGCCAUGCAAAACGUGAUCCUCAAGAUGGGUAUUAACCUGGUGACGCCCGACGGCAUUGCCGUACGUCGGCUGCGCACAUGGGUGCUGCGCUGCCACGCAUGCUUUGAGCUCACCGGCGACAUGAACAAGCAGUUCUGCCCAGCAUGUGGCCAUCCGACCUUGAAGCGCUGCUCGGUCACUACCAGCACGAACGGCCAGCUCCAGGUGCAUCUGAAGAAGGACUACAGGUAUAAUCUGCGCGGCACGGUGUACUCGAUGCCCAAGCCGCACGGCGGCAAGCACACGAUUCGCGACAUCAUUACGCGCGAGGACGACAAGGCGUACCAAAGCGCAGUGCGGUACAAGAAUAUCAAGGAAUCCAAAGCCAACUCGGGCCUGGGUGGUGUUAACUCGCUGCUGGAUCCGGACUUCAUCCCGGACCUGCUUGUCGGCAACAGUCUGGCAGACUCCAAAGGCUACGGCGUGGCCACCGAUGCGCGCGGCAUGCCGAUGGUCGCGCGUAACCGCAAGAACCCGAACGCCGUCAAGCGGACUGGUAACCGCAAGCACAAGCGGCAGAAUUUCUAG